AAGCAAGGCCGGAGCUGCAAUUUGGGGAAGACCGGCGGGAUCUGCAGGGGGAAGCUCACGGAACUACCCAAAAUUGGAGGAACAAGAGCAAUCAAAGUUAACCCAAGCCAAUUCAAGCAAGAAUAAAGGAAUUAGGGGCUGUUCUUACCAAAAAAAAUGCCUAGAAAUCACCCACAAUCAAGAGCAGCCGGCGGAAGGACAAAGCAGAGCAGGGCAGAUCCGGCUUUUCCAGCAGGGGAAGAAGGUUUCUGGGUUCCAAUUCAGGUUCUAGAGCAAGAAGGAAGGAGAAAUCUCCAAGCUUUCUCACCAAUUUUACAAGGCAUGGCUGGGUUCCUCUUUUUUUUCUUCGGGUGGCUGCAGCGGGAAGAAGAAGAGCAGAAUCGGGAAUGGCUGGGAAGAAAAGAAAGAAAGAAAAAGAAAAAGAAAGGAAGUCAUCCUUAUCCAAAAUCUUUCCCUCUUUAAGUCCCUCAACUUUUGAAAUAUUCACAUUAGGCCCCAAAACAAACUUUUCUCACAAUCAAGUCCCUAACUUACACUUAAAUAUUCCCGAAAAUUUGGGAUAUUACAUCGGCCAAUGUCGAUAUGUUAUUGAUGAUCCUGCUAGUGGGGGUUAAACGCUAGCACAUCUCGGCACAUGUCGAUAUGUUAUUGAUGAUCCUGCUAGUGGGGGUUAAACGCUAGCACAUGUCGGCGCAUGUCGAUAUGUUAUUGAUAGAACCGGUUCGUUCCUGUAACCCUACUAGUGGGGGUUAAACACUAGUAAUUCCUGUAGCCUGCCAGUGGGAGGUUUAAACACUGGCCGUGACCAAUAGAGGAGACGUCUAUUUCGUGCCCGUACUGUAUCUGUUUUCGUGAUUACACUUGUUGGCAUGCUAUGAGUUUAAUUAACGGUUUGUCAUGAAACGUUUUGUUAUUGAACUGAAUCUGAUUUUGCAUUGACGGUUUUGUCAUUGAACGUUUCGCUAUUGAACCGAACUUGAUUUCCGCAUUAACGGUUUAUCAGUGAAAGUUCUGUUAUACUUACAUGGUUUAUUUGGCAUGCUUACAUUUUUACCCAAGGGCUAUCCAUAUUUACUUACUGAGUUUAUCUCAUAGUUUUCCUUGUCCACCAUUUCAGGAAGUGAAACCGAGGACGGGGAAACCACGGGAAGUGACGAGUUAGAAGGCUAGCCAUUUCGAGAUUGAGCAUAGAUUUAGAAAUAAAUCAUGAUCUUGUAUUUGGAGAUUUUAUUGGAGAUUUAUGAUAUCAGAGAGAUUUUAUAAUUUGAUCUUCAGAUUUUGAUGGUAUUAGUUGUGAUUUGAAUAAGUUUCGAGCCUUGUG